AUGCCUUCCCACCAUCCGACCCUGAAUGCAUCACUCCCGCUGCGCAGGCUGGUUCAGGCGCACGGCGAGGGCCCCUGGUCCACCAUCGCCCGCGCCUUCGAGGGUCGGACCGGGAAGCAGUGCCGCGAACGGUGGGCCAACCACCUGCGCCCCAACAUCCGGCGCGGGGCCUGGCGGGAGGAGGAGGAGCUGCGCUUUGUGGACUGCCACCGCACGGUGGGCAACCGCUGGGCCGACAUCGCCAAGCGCAUCCCCGGGCGCACGGAGAACGCGGUGAAGAACCACUGGAAUGCCACCCUGCGCCGGAAGCCGUGCAGUGCCCCCGGCGGGCGGGACACCCUACUCAAGCGCUACAUGGGCUGCACAACCGGGCAGAGCAUUGGGUCGCUGCCGCAGGAUGGCGCUGACGACUCCUUCCUUACGCCCACCGUCUCCCUCCUGCUGCCGGCGGGCCUCUUGUCCCCUACGGAAAGAGGCAGGCUGGGCCCCGGACCGCUCAGUCCACCCAGCAGGCCGUCCCGGGCCUGA